UGUUUCUCGUCUUUAGUAAAAAGACAGCGGUCGCCACAAUCACUCCACGUAUAGUUUGUAUAAUUUCGAAAAAUGGACUGCGGGUGUAACGCCCCUUAUGUAGGGCCUUCGCUAGAGAACACGUGUGGUGGUGGUGGUGCGUUUGUAAUUUUUAUGUCUCUUUUAGACACUUUUAUUCGCAACAAAUGUGACUUAUCGGAUGUAUGUAACCGAGUGAUGCCAAAAUUUGAGCCCGAUCCCGAAUAUGACUUCGUCGUGAUAGGUGGCGGUAGUUCUGGAUCAGUGGUAGCCGGCCGUCUUUCCGAAGUGCCCAACUGGAAAGUUCUACUGAUAGAAGCGGGUGGCGACGAACCACCCGGUUCUCAAGUACCUUCGAUGGUUAUCAACUACCAUGACAAUCCCGAUAUGGAUUGGAAGUACAAAACUGAACCAGAACCAAAGGCGUGCUCUGGCUACCCUGAGCGACGAUGCAAUUGGAUCCGUGGUAAAGUACUUGGGGGUUGCAGCGUUAUCAACGGAAUGAUGUACAUGAGAGGAGUACCGAGAGAUUACGAUAACUGGGAGAAGGCUGGCAAUCCAGGGUGGAAUUACAAUGACGUACUUCCGUACUUCAUGCACGCCGAAUCCAACAUGGAAAUUGGUACCGUAGCGGAUCCCGGGUACCACGGUACUGCGGGACCUAUGACCGUUAAUAAAUUUCGCGAUCAACCCGAACUAGCGCAAGACAUUCUGGAUGCCGCGAAAGAAUUGGGUUAUUCUGUGAGCAAUGACCUUAACGGAAAAUUUUAUGAUGGAUUUACAAUUGCUCAAUCCACCACCAGAAAUGGAUCUCGAUUAAGUACGGCCAAAGCAUACUUAAGACCUGCAAGAAGUCGACCAAACCUGCACAUUAUGCUCAACUCUACCGCGACGAAGAUAGAAUUUGCAUCAGACAAUCGCCAGAAAAGAGUUUCUGCCGUCCAAUUCUUCUACAAUAACAAGCUGUUUACCGUCCGAGUGCGUCGCGAAGCGAUUCUAAGCGCGGGAGCGGUAAACUCCCCCCAUUUACUUUUACUGUCCGGAGUAGGACCCAUCUCAGAGUUGGAGAGGGUGGGAAUAAAACAAGUGCAUGAACUUCCAGGUGUCGGCCACAACCUGCACAACCACGUGACGUUCUAUUUGAGCUUCACAAUGAGGAAUCGUAAGGCGAUCAACGAUCUUGAUUGGCCAACCGCGAUGGACUACUUACUUAAUCGCCGAGGACCGUUGUCCUCGACGGGUAUGUCUCAAGUUACCGGACGAAUUAACUCGAAGUUUGCCGAUCCGAGCGGAAAUCACCCAGAUCUUCAGUUCUUCUUUAGCGGGUACCUCGCGAAUUGCGCCGCGUCCGGGAGUUAUCAUACCGCUCAGGAUCCGAAACAGCCGAACGCACCUAGAACUAUAACGAUGUCACCUGUCGUCCUACAUCCGAAAAGCAGAGGGCGGAUUGGUUUAAGCUCAAAAGAUCCCUUAGAGCCUCCUCUCAUUUACGCCAACUAUUUAACCGAGCAAGAAGAUAUCGUUCCGUUAGUUGAAGGUAUUCGGAUUGCGCAACGGUUGGCUAACACCAAAAUUUUGAGGUACAAGUACGGUUUGGAUUUAGUGAAAGGAGAUUAUGGCGAUUGCGAUAAGAAGCACGCAUAUGAUUCGGAUGAUUAUUGGGUAUGUGCAAUGCUUCACUCCACUGGACCCGAAAAUCAUCAAGCAGGUUCCUGUAAAAUGGGGCCGGCAAGUGAUCCUAAUGCAGUUGUCGAUAACAAACUGCGGGUGCACGGAAUUAUCGGUUUACGUGUAAUGGAUGCUUCCAUUAUGCCAUCCGUGGUAUCCGGCAACACUGACGCUACUUGCGUGAUGAUCGCGGAGAGGGGAGUUUCUUUCAUUAAAGAGAGGUGGUUACGGAUGCAGGGAAAUGACAGGGCUAACAUUGGUCCUCGAUAUCGAAAUACGAAAGAUGAGUACGAGUUUGUAACCGUCCAGCAGCAGCCUCGUCAUCAUACGCACCACGUUCACGAUCAUUCACAUCCUCACCAUCACGUUGGACAGUCCUACCCGAAUUUCAGACAUUCGGAUGAAUUCCAUCGAAAACAUCCCCAUUUACCUAAUCCCUUGCAAAGUUAAUGUUAAUUGUUCAAUAACUUCUUUCGUAAACUUUGGUUGUUACUGUCUUACUGAACUUAACUCUCAAUUUCAUCCUGGAGAUCUUGAGGUUUGAGACCAUGCGUGACUGUUUCUUUCUUCAAGAAGCGCAAAUUAAAGUAACUAUUAACUAGGUUAUUUUCCGUAUAUACGUAUGGAGUUCUAGGCUGGAAGCAAAUAAAGUAAUGAGUAUGAUUUGUAUUUA